CAGCUGAUCAAUUCGUUUCAUCAGCUGUUUCAAACCGAUGUGAAUAGCGCGAGACCAAGACGAUUGCUUUGUUUAUCGACUUUCUUUUUUGAACAAUACUCUCGAAAAGGUUACCACGAGGUAAAGAAGUGGACUGCAAAGGAAGAUCUGUUUCAGUUUGAAAUUAUUGCAGUUCCAGUUCAUCUUAGAAACCAUUGGAUUGAAGUGGUACUUGACGUUGGCGAAAAAUGUAUUCGCGUGUAUGAUUCGCUUGGAAAAUUUCGCCAUGAUGUUGCAAAUAAGUUGAGUAAAUGGUUGGAAGAAGAGCAUUGCUCACGUUUCAGUUCUUCUCUAGGAAGUUUGUCUUGGCCUGUCUUUCACACUUUCAGUCCUGAACACAAGCAACAAGGUGAUUCGUACAAUUGUGGAAUAUACACGUGUGUGAACAUGAUGGCGGCGGCUGUAGGAAAUCCUUUCUUGUCAAUCAUAGUUGAACCUAGUCAGUUUCGCAAAUGGCUUGCCUUUCGCAUUUUAAUAGGUGAUGAAAGAACGAUAAAAGGCAACAAAGAAAUUCGGUUAGGAAAAUCUGCAAAUUUACUGGCACCAUCUGCGACUUUACAACAGCUUAGACAAGAGCCUCAUAAACCGUCAAACACCAUGAUGACCGAUGAUCAUACAGAAGUUCAAUAUCGAAUUCAGAGUGUCACCGCCAUCAGCGGUUCUCCUAAUUUCGAGAAAAGCGAUUUGCGGCCUAGAAAGAAGAGACAAAAAUAUAUAGACUCCGACGUCGAAGACGAUGAAAUAGCUCUAACUAUGCAAGGGACAAGCUCUAUGGCAGAAUUUGAAAUAUAUCUAAACGCGAUGACAAUGGAUUGGAGACAUUGACUAGUCAGACUGUAGACGAGAGUCCAAAAAGAGAGAAAAGAAAACGAGUCAAGUUUUCAAACGCAACAGGGGCUAAAAAAAGAAAAAUUGAGCCGGAAACUAUAGAUAUCAGUGACGAUGAUGACAAACAAACAACCACAAGGAAAGUGUCAUUAACCACACCUGAGUAAACAGUUCAAACCAGGGCAGCUGUGCUGGCAAGACCUAAUUUCAGUCCGAUACAUUGCUCAGAAAAAGAGAUAGAAAACUUUUUUUGGGAACUUGACGGCGGUGGCUACAUCACAGCACUUUUGGCAGCAUGUCCCGUCAAAAGUCCGGCAAAUUUUGGAAGAAAAGUUUCUAUGAAACAAUCCUUGGCUGCAUCGCAGCACGUAGUCAUGGCCGGGCGAUUCAGUUCAGCAGUGAUAAAGAGAAUAAACAAACUUUUCAAUCGCUGGUACUUCAAGAACGAGGCAGCAAAGAACACGGACCGUGAUGAUGUUUUGGAGCUUUUCGGAGUACCAAGUGAUUGGAGGUUUUCAGCCAAAGCACAUCAUGCAGCUUGUCAUAUCCUUUGCAGAUGGUAUCUAGGAACAUGGAUUACGACUGAAUUAAAUACCAAAGUAGAAAGAUUUUUAAAUGAG